AUGAAUUCCAAAACGUCAAAAGACCCCUUCGACAUUAUUCCCCAUCCCUCUCUCCUCUCAACCACCUCCCCGCCCCUGCUGCCGCUGCCGCUGCUGCUCCCGCAGCCGCAGCAGCAGCAGCAGCAGCAGCAGCAGCAGCAGCAGCAGCAGCGGACCGCAGUUGUAGGCCCUGGCGUAGGCGAUGUUGUCGAGGCAGUCCGCGGGGUCGAGGCCGAACCUGCGGGCGAUGGCCACAAUUCGUUCGGGGCGGAAAGUGCCUUCGGUGUCGAUCCACAGGCACUUGCCUUCGCCGCCGCUCUGCUCCACCGGCAGCUGGCACGUCACCUGCAGCAGCAGCAGCAGCAGCAGCGGCAGCAGCAGCGGCAGCAGCAGCGGCGGAGGUGGAGCGGGAGGGGAGGGGAGGGGAGGGAGGGGAGGGAGGGGAGGCAGGGGCGAAGGCUCAGCGCUGCAAGCCGACUCCGUCAGGUUCCCUGCAAGCAGCAGCAGCAGCAGCAGCAGGAGCAGCAGGAGGAGCAGCAGCUGAGCCCCCCCGCCCGCCCCCAGCAGCAGCAGCAGGAGCAGCAGCUGAGCCCCCCCGCGCGCCCCCAGCAGCAGCAGCAGGAGCAGCAGCUGAGCCCCCCCGCGCCCCCAGCAGCAGCAGCAGCAGCAGCAGCUGAGCCCCCCCGCCCGCCCCCAGCAGCAGCAGCAGCAGCAGCAGCAGGAGCAGCAGCAGCAGCAGCACCGGUCUCGACGCCGCCGCCGAGGAGCGCGUCGAGGUGGGCGCUGCCAGUGGUGAAGCGGAUGAGGUUGCGCCUGGCGGCGAAGACCUCGUGGGCGGAGCAAAAGCCGAAGCUGCAGAGCUGCCUGGCGGCGGCGGCGACUUUGGCGGCGCGCAGCUCGCCGAGGCCCUUCAGGGCGGCCAGGGCUUUCGGCGGCGCGAAGGCGACGCACUCCACCGUGUGGAGUCCGCCUGGCCAGACAACCAAACAGGGCCGACGCUCUUAA